AUGACACAAGAACAAUGUGUACAGAACGUACCCACAGUGUUCGAGAACUAUGUUGCUGAUAUUGAGGUGGACAGCAAACAGGUGGAACUGGCUCUAUGGGAUACAGCUGGACAAGAGGACUACGACAGGCUGAGGCCCCUGUCCUACCCAGACACUGAUGUCAUCCUCAUGUGCUUUUCCGUAGACAGCCCUGACAGUUUGGAAAAUAUCCCAGAAAAAUGGACGCCGGAGGUAAAACAUUUCUGUCCAAAUGUGCCAAUAAUUCUGGUGGGUAAUAAAAAAGAUUUACGGAAUGAUGAUCACACUCGACGGGAGCUGCAGAAGAUGAAACAGGAACCAGUUAAACCAGAGGAAGGGCGAGACAUGGCUAAUCGCAUCAAUGCCUUCGGCUACCUUGAGUGUUCGGCUAAAACUAAGGAUGGCGUGAGGGAAGUGUUCGAAAUGGCCACAAGAGCGGCGCUCCAAGCCAAAAAACGUGGCAAGAAGAAUCCCUGUGCUUUGCUAUAGAGAGGAAAACGAGAGAGGAAAAGAAAAGAAUGAGGGAGGGAAAGGGGUAACCAAACUAGGCCAAGGAAAAUGAAAGAGCUAUAAAAGUUCGCAAAUAGAGGGAAGAAACGCCCCUAGUGUUAAUUAUGUACUCGGGGGUCAGGGAGGGUCAUUUUCAAUCCAGGCCAAAGGAAACUACAGAAGAUUGUAGGGACAACUGCACCGGCAAAAAGGGACUUCAACAUUUUUAUGGCCAUCAGUCCUCUUUCAAAUCAAGAUUAGUUGACCUUAAGCCUUCAGACUGAUCACAAGUGUAAGGAUAGUGUAUAUGUAGGGUAAAGAUUGACAUGGUUUCACAGUGGCUCACAAUCACUGAUUGCUUUUGGGGUGGGAUUAUAUGCGAUGUAUUCUUUGGCCCAUACCACAUCUUCUGCUUAGAAGGUCAGCACUGUUAGCAAGAACAGAAACAAACAACUUGGUCUAAAAAGAUUCCUUUUUUGGCACUAAGUGCAUUAUUCAGGGUGUAAAAGGCAUUAGUUAGUACCCUACAUCAUAUAUGCUACAUGUCAAGCAGGGAGUUGUUUUUGGGAUCAAGACAUUGACUCCCGUGAUCCCCUUUAUAAACCUCCCAGGAACCCAGUGCCGUCUUAUGUAAAACAUUCACGCCUGUCCUUCGUACUAUGAUUUUCUGUUUAAUUAUCUUUUUUCUUACGUUAACACGCUAAUACUGUUGGUUAACACAACUGGUUCCUCUGUGCC